UGUUAAGCAGUUGCAUAUACGAGUAUGCACAGAUAAAAAAUGAUUUAAAUUCUAAUUGCACAUGUACGUACAUACAUAUAUGCAUUGACCAGCAAACUUGGCGAGAAUGUCUAAAUGCUCGAGAAAAGGGAAUGGAAAAGUAAAGUACACCCACAAUUAACAAUUUCCCAUUCACUUUUGCAGAUGUCUUAGCCAAGUGUGGUUGGAAGAGCACGAGAAACCAGAAUCAUUCCGAGAAAAGGAUUAGAUAAUUCCAGAAAGACAGACAGACAGACAUAGAGAUGGCCAUGUCAAAGGUGAUUCGUGUGCUGGAAAAGUCCAUAGCUCCGUCGCCGCACAGUGUACUGCUGGAGCAUCGCCACAAGAGCGUCAGCAUCUUGUUCGAGUCACACGCUGUAGCUCUGCUGACGCAACAGGAAACGGACGUGAUAAGGAAGCAGUACACGAAAGUCUGCGACGCCUACGGAUGCUUGGGAGUCCUGCAGUUGAAUGCUGGUGAGAGCACCGUGCUGUUCCUGGUGCUGGUGACCGGCUGCGUGUCCAUGGGGAAGAUCGGAGAUGUGGAGAUCUUUCGAAUCACGCAGACGACCUUCGUGUCGCUGCAGAACGCGGCCCCCAAUAAGGACAAGAUUAGUGAGGUGCGCAAGCUUCUCAAUUCCGGAACGUUCUACUUCGCCCACAUCAAUACCAGCGCCAGUGCGACGGCUGGCACCUCCGGAUCUUCAUUCAGCAAGUUCGACAUCACACUGUGCGCCCAGCGGCGGCAGCAGACCUCGGAGACGGACAACCGCUUCUUCUGGAACCGCAUGAUGCACAUACACCUUAUGCGCUUCGGCAUUGACUGCCAGUCGUGGCUACUCCAGGCCAUGUGUGGCUCCGUGGAGAUUCGCACUGUCUACGUAGGGGCCAAGAACGCCCGGGCAGCCAUUAUUUCCAGGCUGAGCUGUGAGCGGGCCGGCACCCGGUUCAAUGUGCGCGGCACCAACGAGGAGGGCUACGUGGCCAACUUUGUGGAGACGGAGCAGGUGAUCUAUGUGAAUGGGGAGGUUACCAGCCAUAUCCAAACUAGGGGCUCAGUGCCACUCUUCUGGGAGCAGCCGGGUGUUCAGGUGGGAUCGCACAAAGUCAAGCUAUCUCGAGGCUUCGAGACAUCCGCUGCCGCUUUCGAUCGACACAUGAGCAUGAUGAGGCAACGCUAUGGCUAUCAGACGAUUGUGAAUCUCCUGGGCAGCUCACUCAUCGGCAGCAAAGAGGGCGAGGCCAUGCUGAGCAAUGAGUUCCAGCGGCACCACGGCAUGUCCGCCCACAAGGAUGUACCUCACGUGGUAUUCGACUAUCACCAGGAGUACCGCGGCGGCAACUUCUCCGCUUUGGCCAAGCUGAAGGAACGAAUUGUGGCCUGUGGGGCCAACUACGGUGUGUUCCAUGCGUCCAAUGGUCAGGUGGUCCGAGAGCAGUUUGGAGUUGUGCGCACCAAUUGCCUGGACUGCCUAGAUCGCACGAGCUGUGUGCAGACCUACCUGGGCUUGGACAUGCUCAACCUGCAGCUGGAAUCGCUGAAGAUGGGGGGCAAGCCGCAGAACAUUUCGCGUUUCGAAGAGAUCUUCCGCCAGAUGUGGAUCAACAACCAUACAGAACAACCUUUUGGACAACUCCAAGCAGGAAGCAAUUGACGUUCUCCUGGUGGGCUUGACACUCAGCUCGGAGCUGGCUGAUCGGGCACGGAUCCUGCUGCCCUCCAACAUGCUGCAUGC